AUGGCUACUAAUGAAAAUCUUCCACCUAAUGUAAUAAAGCAACUCGCCAAGGAGUUGAAAAAUCUUGAUGAAACCCCUCCCGAGGGCAUCAAAGUUGUGGUGAAUGAUGAUGAUUUCUCAACUAUAUAUGCUGACAUAGAUGGCCCAGCCGGGACUCCUUAUGAGAAUGGAGUUUUUCGCAUGAAGUUGCUACUGUCCCAUGAUUUCCCACAUUCGCCUCCUAAAGGAUAUUUUUUGACCAAGAUUUUCCAUCCAAAUGUUGCUAACAAUGGAGAGAUUUGUGUCAACACACUUAAAAAGGAUUGGAAUCCUAGCCUUGGAUUACGGCAUGUUCUUAUCGUUGUUAGGUGUCUAUUGAUUGAACCGUUUCCGGAGUCAGCUUUAAAUGAAAUGGCCGGUAAACUACUGCUUGAAGAUUACGAGGAGUAUGCCAGACAUGCCAGGAUUUACACCGGCAUUCAUGCAAAGCCAAAGGCUAAAUUCAAAAGUGGAGCUAUAACCGAAUCAACUACUGCUCUGAAUGUUGAUCAGACGAACACCUCAGUGCUUAAUGCUGACAUCAAAACCAUGCCAUCAAGUGCUGCUUUGCCACCAUUGUCGUCAAGUGCUGCUUUGCCACCAUUGUCGCUGCCCUCGACCACUGCAGCAAGAGGUGCUAGUCAGGAUCAGGCAGCGGGUAUUCUGACCGAGUCGUCUGCUAAUCGUUCUACUGCUGCUGCCGUAGUUUCUGCUGCUCAUGCACCACAGAAGAAGGAAAUUGGAACUGCCAAAGCUCAGGCAGACAAGAAGAAGCUAGAUGCAAGAAAGAAAAGUUUGAAAAGAUUAUGA